UUUCUAUUUUCCAUUUUCUCAAAAACCCUUUCUCUUUCUCUGCUUCUUCUUUCAUUUUCGCUCUGUUUCUGUAUUUUCUAUCAAGGGUGAAGUUUGAAAGAUGGCAGAUGGCGAAGAUAUUCAACCUCUUGUCUGUGAUAAUGGAACUGGAAUGGUCAAGGCUGGAUUUGCUGGUGACGAUGCUCCAAGGGCUGUGUUUCCUAGUAUCGUUGGCAGACCACGUCAUACUGGUGUGAUGGUUGGAAUGGGCCAGAAGGAUGCCUAUGUUGGUGAUGAAGCUCAGUCAAAAAGGGGUAUUCUUACAUUGAAAUACCCAAUUGAGCAUGGGAUUGUAAGCAACUGGGAUGACAUGGAAAAAAUUUGGCAUCACACCUUCUACAAUGAGCUUCGUGUUGCUCCUGAAGAGCAUCCGAUACUUCUUACUGAAGCACCACUCAACCCAAAGGCAAACAGGGAGAAGAUGACUCAGAUCAUGUUUGAAACCUUCGACGUACCUGCCAUGUAUGUCGCAAUCCAGGCCGUUUUAUCUCUCUAUGCCAGUGGUCGGACAACAGGUAUUGUGUUGGAUUCUGGUGAUGGGGUGAGCCACACUGUGCCUAUAUACGAGGGUUUUUCACUCCCUCAUGCAAUCCUACGUCUCGACCUUGCCGGUCGUGACUUGACUGAUGCUUUGAUGAAAAUUCUUACCGAAAGAGGUUACAUGUUCACAACAACGGCAGAGCGAGAAAUUGUCCGUGAUGUGAAGGAGAAGCUUGCAUAUGUGGCCCUUGAUUAUGAGCAAGAACUGGAGACGGCCAGGACUAGUUCAGCCAUUGAGAAAAGCUAUGAACUACCCGAUGGGCAGGUGAUUACAAUUGGAGCUGAGAGAUUCCGUUGCCCAGAAGUACUUUUCCAGCCAUCCCUGAUCGGCAUGGAAUCUCCUGGAAUCCAUGAAACCACAUACAACUCCAUCAUGAAGUGCGAUGUUGAUAUCAGGAAGGACUUGUAUGGUAACAUCGUCCUCAGUGGUGGUACGACGAUGUUCCCUGGCAUUGCUGAUCGGAUGAGCAAAGAAAUCACUGCUCUUGCUCCCAGCAGCAUGAAGAUCAAGGUUGUUGCUCCUCCUGAAAGGAAGUACAGUGUUUGGAUUGGAGGAUCCAUCCUAGCAUCCCUCAGUACCUUCCAACAGAUGUGGAUAACGAAAACUGAAUACGACGAGUCGGGUCCGGCUAUUGUUCACCGGAAAUGCUUCUGAAGAAAAGAUCUGAUACCAAAUCAACAAUCUUCUUUUACUUUCAUCUUGUGUCAUAUGUUAAGUGAAGUUUGGUUGGUUCUUGAUUUUGAAGAUUUGUUUAUAUUGUCAAAUGAGAAUUCUUGAAGUUGUAAGUUUGAAAUGCCUUUUCCUUUUUUAAAAAAGAAAAAAAAUAUACAAAAUAAUAUAAUAUAUAGGGUUCUUAGAGGUUUUUUUUUUUUAAUGCCAAACUAGUAUUUGGAAUAGUUGGGCUUAGUAUGAACAGCUUUUAUUUGUCAGUGAUGUUUUGUUGGCUUUGAGGUCAUGAGUUGUAUGCAUCUACACAAAAUGUUUUAGGACUUCCUGUGAUGCUAUAGUUGUGAGUUGUAUCAUUUUUUUUUAAAGUGUUUUGAAUCUUUGAAUGUAAUUGGUUAUUUGCAGAGUAUUUUGCAGAUCAAGUGUAAGAAGCAUUACUAUUGUUGUAA